AUGGGCUGUGGGUACGGGCGGCGAGGGGAGGACUGGGUGGGGGAGUGCACGGAGAGCCUCGGGUCUGAGAGCGGCGACGUCGGGGGAGACGCCGAGAUCAUCGACCAGCUUGCCCCGGUCGCGGACGACGAGGAGGCGAGAGUGGAGCCCCAGGUGGCGGUGGAGUCUUCGCCGGAGAAGAGGCGGGGGCGCCUGCCCCCGGCGAUGCCGCGGGCGGCGGAGGCGUUCAUGCGCGCGGAGCGGCGCGGCGGGCGGCUCAUCCUGACGGAGGAGCGCGUCGAGCAGCGUCCGCGGCGGGAGGUGUUCCUGGCCUCGCGCGCCGGCGGGAGGCUCCGGCUGCGGUUCGCCGCCGACGACGACGACGGCGCCUCCCCGGACGGCGAGAAGGAGACUGAGACGGGCGGCGGCGGCGUCGAGAAGGGCGCCGCGGGCGGGGUGGUGGUUGCCGUGCACAGCGGCUGUUGCAACGGCGCCGGGGAGUUCUGCCAGGUGGCGGCCGGCGCCGGGAGGCGCCGCGUCGAGGUUGGUGCGGUGAUGGGCACCUGA